AUGCUCCAAACACUCACCACCACAGCCCUCCUCCUACUCAUCCCUCUGAUCCAUGCCCAACAGCCUCUCCAGUACCCACGCUGCCUCGACCCAUCCACCCACAAGCCCUCCUGGAUCCUCACAAACCUGAACACCCUUUCUUCCCCCAACUCGCCCGACUCCAAGAUCUCCUUCGGAAUAUUCAACAACCUCCACCCAUACUUCUUGUCCUGCAGCGGCUCGGGCAGCAACUCGCAACAAACAUCUUGGCCGUGCAUCAACCUCGCGAACGGUAGCCCUGCAAACGAGGUCACGUUCAAUUACACACCGACGAAGGAUGGUCUUGCGAUGUUGAACAUUGAGCAGAGUUGGAUGUGUUGGGUCGACGAUAGUACGCUAGCGACGUAUCGAGCCAUCGGGAAGGGAUCGCCAAAGUUGGACUGCGUGGACUUGCCGUUCACUGACAAGGGGAAAGUCGUGAACGGUGUCAGUGUCAAGCAGUGCGGGCUCACGGGGGUGGAAAUCCAGGCUGACUCCGUUUCCGCAAUUGCGUGA